AUGGCUACGGCUACUCCAAUUACGGCUACGGCUACCCGGGCUACUCUGGCUACGAGUCUGCCCAAACGAGUGCUGGCUCCGUUGGUGGUGAGAAAGAGACUGCAGCUGUGUCCACGGACGCUGUGGACGCCAAGUCAGAGCAAAACGGGGUCGAAAGCAAAAUCGUCGAAGGAGACCAAGUCGGAUUCUAUUGACAAGACGAAGGGCAAAUGA